GACAUCAAAGAAACCUGAUGAGAUAAGAUGAGAUGAAAGCAAGUUAAUUGACUUUAUUUAAAGAGAUGAUCUUGCACCUAUAACACGCCAGACGCUGGAAAUUUGUUUUUAGUCCUGCCAAAAAGAUGCUGACUGACAACAGGAAGCGUCGCCGUAGCUGUGACAGCGAGGAGGACCAGCAGCAGCUCAGUCCUCAGGCCAAAAGGUCAGGAGCCAGUCCCUGCCUGAUUGUGUCAGACCUGGACUCAGAGUCUUCCAGCAGUGACAGCUGUAAUGGCAUCAGCAGCCCAGAGUCCAGUACACUGGUCACCCCCAGACCCUGCAUCCACAGCCAGAACAGUCACCGCAUCGUCCACCACAACUCCCCAAGUCCGAACCCCGAAGUCUCUGCCAGCGCCGUGCAGCACCGUCUCCACGGCAACGACAGCAGCAGCACCUCCUACGACUACAUUAACAGAGUCCUGAGGGAGGCGCACUUCAGCAGUUUGCAGUCUAGAGGACGACGAGGCUCUACAUGACUCUGAAGAUGCUGUGAAGACCAACAGACACAGAAGCUGCUCCUCAAAGUGACUGCCGAAGGUCACGUGGACUGUGUGUGUGUGUGAAUGAAAGAGUGAGUGUGUACAUGUGGGGAGGUUUACAGAUUUUUGGGCAAAAAAAAAAGCCUCAUCCCCACUUUGCCGUGUAACCAUCCGUGACCAUAACAAGCACAUCCACGUCUCCACGGCCCAGCCACUGUGCAGUAUUGAUGUGUACAUGUGAUUGUGUGUGUGUACAUGCGUGCAUGUGUGUUUGUGCACGCACCCUGUGCACUUUACAGAGAGGUUAUUGUUCUCUUUUACAUGCGUGCAUUUAUGUGUGGACAUUUUCAUUGGUGCUAAUCACAGAAAGAACAAGUGCUGGUGAUCCAAAGUGCUUGGGGUAAAGAAACAAAAACUAAUAAAUAAAGUGAAGCACUUUAAACUAAAA